AACCUGAAGAUAUUUUAGAAUGGAAGAAAUAUUUGGUCUUGAAACAGAAGCUGCUCAUAUUCACAAAUGCAAGUAUUCUUUAUCUCUUAUCCAUGGAAUCCUCUGCAGCACUUGUCCCAUGCUCUCAGCUCACAUCUUUCUUCUCUCAAAAACCCAGCAACAGAGUUUGCAAAGCUCAUCCUUCUUGGCAUUCCAAACGAAGAACCCCUCUGCCAACUCGCAUACACUGCCAAAAGAUGUAUGUCCCUGGAUUUGGAGAAGCGUCGCCAGAAGCAAAGGCGGCCAACAAUCUCCAUAGUUUCUUCACUUAUGUUGCUGUUAGGAUUGUCACUGCACAGCUUGAGAGUUACAACACAGAGGCAUAUCAAGAUCUAAUGGAGUUUUUGAGUAGAAACUCAUUGAAUGAUGGAGACAAGUUCUGCGGCGAUUUGAUGAGAGAAUCAUCCAGGCAUCAGACUCUAGCUCUGCGGAUUUUAGAGGUUCGAUCUGCGUAUUGUAAAAAUGAUUUUGAAUGGGACAACUUAAGACGAUUGGCUUGUAAGAUGGUGGAUGAAUCCAACACGAGACUCAUGAGAGAUUAUGUCUUAGAAACAAGCCUUGUGGACAAUGAAGGAGAGUGAGAUGUGACGAAUCCAAAUCAUACUAUGUGGAUGAAACUAAUGUAACAUGUAUAUCAACGGAUUGAGCUCCAAAU